CACGUUCUGGAACAAUCUGGCAGCGCCCGCCUGAUAUAAACCUGACGCCGAAGCCCCUAAGCCACCUAAGCCACCAAAGCAGUCUAAGUUCGUAGUGGUUCAUAUCUAACUGUUCUCCGGACGCUCUGGCUAAGCGUGAAGCGAGCACUUCAGGCCGUAGUUCGCCUGCAUCGGCUGUCUGUCUCUUCUUGCGUGUGCACAGGUGCAUUCACUGCAGCUUGACCCGUGGAGGCCAUGGACAAGAAACGGGAACAGUGCAUAGACCGUAUCCACAAAGCUUUGUCCAAGGACGCUCUCAUCACGGAGAGGAACAAGCAAGUUCUUCGACAAGUGUUGGAUGGCCUCCGUGCAGAGAUGGAGAGGGACCCCUUGUUUACACAGAUAUUUAACAGAUUGACUUACACUGGAAGCAGUUACGAAGGGUUGCGCAUCCGCCAAGCCAAUGAGUUCGACAUCAAUUUAGUUAUGAAGUUGCCCAUUCAGGAAAACGACUUUAAGAUAGUUGCUGAAAGGCCUGGUCACGUGAGCUACACGCUAACCAUGGCUUGCAAAAAGCGCCUAGAGCAGACCAUGGACGGCCAAGAAAUGCAUUGUUUGUUUAACCUGUUUACCACCGAAGGUCUCAAGUUUAAGCCCACAUGGUGGCGGGAGUGGUUUCAGUCUGUCGUGGACAAGGCCCUGAGAAGCUAUACGCCACCAUGUGGUGCGGAUGGCUCUAAACUGUUUGAGUUGCGUCAGCGGGAGAGCGGGCCUGCUAGGACGCUGCUUGUGCACCUUCCUGAUAAUGGCCACAUAGACAUAGACUUGGUGCCCGUGUUGGAGUACACCUUCAACCAGCUUCCUGCCAAGGUGCCUCGUCAAAAGUGGUACGACGAACUUCUGAGCGAGGAAGAGAGAAGGUGGCUCAUGGUUCCCAAGCCUCCCAGAGAUGAUGACAACCUCUGGCGCAUUCACUUCCCUGAUGCUGAGAAGAAGUUAAUGAAGGACUUGGAAUGCAUUAAGCCUACGAUUAGGCUCAUGAAGGCUCUGAGGGACAGGCACAAGUGGGCACUGUCCUCCUACUCCGUGAAGACUGUGGUGAUGCGUCACAGGCUGGAACAACGAGACAGGGUGUACUGGCAGAAUAAGAACCGGUGGGCAGUGUUAAUGGACGUCCUUGGAAGGCUCCGUCAGGUCAUGAAUCCUUGUGGACCAGGUAUCUGUUCUCUCUAUGAUGAAAACCUGAGCUUAAUCCCAGACAUGUCAGUAGACACAAGGAAAAACAUAGCUCAGCGCCUUCAGAAAAUUCUGAAUGUCGUGGCCAAGGACUCCGACAGAGUUUGCGAGUUUUUCCUGGAAACGACUGAUGACGCCUGUGUGAGCUCUCCCGCCACAGAGGAAAAUCUGUGUGACCCGCUGGUGACCUCUUCUGUGUCGGCCACUGAAGUCUGCGAAACGUCUUCGAGCCCCGGAUUAGGCAGCGUUGUCGAUGGCAUCGUUGACGAAAGAUCCUGCGUCAGUCCACAUGACAGCUCUUCGGUGAACGCGUUAGCCUGCACGAAUGCAAUAGUUAUCAGACAAGAAGUGGUUUGCGGGGACUUGGAGCAUCAAAAUGAAGGUAACGAUGCUCAAGUCACACUGUGUGUUCUAGCUGAUGGGGAUCAUUUGCUUGCUGAGACCAGCUGCAGCUUGCAUGGCUGUCAAAACCAGAGAAUAGAAGUUUCUCCGGACAUGUUGGAAGGUCUGACGGUGCCGUCUUUCUUGGUCUUGAAGCAGAGCUUUAAGGCCGCACUGCCUAGGUCAGUGCGAGCGAUGCUCACGGUAAUGAAAGAAGGAAGGCCACUUCUGAAGACGUGCUUUUACCUGAAAUUACAGAGAUGUGUUGAAGAGUGUCAAGUGAGAGUGCCAUUUCCACAAGUAGAGCGACAUGCCAAGUUGUAAAUGUUCACAAGUGGCAAAAAUUGGGCAAGUGGAAUUGCUGCUUUGCCACAUGCCAUUGCUCCUUGGUAAGAUCGUCCUGAUAACAUUGCUGAUAUUACCAACCCACUAAAUUUCAGACAAAAAAUCAGUGUAGUAUUUGGCUUACUUAGCUAACAACUAGCAUUUGUUUUAGUUCUGUAGUUCUCAACUUUAUUGUUUUGUAUUUUUGUAAGCAUUUGUGCUAAGUUUGUUCUCUUACUGUAUGUUGAUAAGCACACUACUAUUAGUUGAGCGUCCUUUGUUUUAUUUGUUUCAAAUUCUUUAUUUCUCAUUUGAUUCUCCUUCUGUUUUAUUGCUACAAAGUUGUGUCUGUAUCACAUCCUCGCACAAUACUUCUUCUGGAGCCUGUUAGCUUGCAGGGGUUCUUGCAUUGAACGGAACACACAAAUCCGCGCGGCUAAACCUAUUCCUUCAUUUGAACCGCACUGUGCACUAGCGGAUUGGCAGUCACUUUCGCUAGAACUUCCGUAACAGCGCUAACUGUUAGAGCCGUGGCCCCCCUAUCCCGUGAUUCGCGUAGAGCCACGACCGUGGCAGGUUUCAGACCAGUGGGAACAGAGCCGAGUCUUCUGACUAAAGGUAUUGAACUUAUUUACUUGCACAUCUGCCAAUUGCAACAUCAAAUUAACACAAACACCUCAGCGGCAUGCUGGGGGAAAAGAACAAACAAAAUUCUUGAGCCAUUCCACUCUGUGAGGGUGGCUGACCAGCGAAGCUGUCUAGCACACGACACAGGGGUGACACAGAAAUUUGAUCAAAGGUACAGAAAGUCUUUUUUGAGUAUGCUCUUUUUAAGUUUUCCAUUUGAGCAGCAUGUGCGUCUGUUUGCCAUGACAUUCGUAUAUUGUCUGGCUUGCCGCAUGCGCUUUGCAUUUUGUGAAUGAUUUUGAGGCGCCAUUUGAGCAGCAUGGGACUUUUUGCUGCAUUCUCCAUUUCUCUACAUUUCAGCUGACAAGUGUUUAGUGGUGGAGUUUUCUGAAUUUAUGUGGCACAUAAAUACAUAAUUCAUUCCAGUCUGUCAAGGUUAGUGGCCAGCGAAUCGAAACAAAGUGGAUGGUGGCAUUCGCAUUCUUGCCACUGUUUGGGGUCUCGGUGGUUUCUACGCUUGCAGUCCCUUGGGCAUGCGCACAACUACGUCCAGUUGUCCCAUGAGGAUGGCAGAGCAUGAAUGACCCCCGCAGAGCGGACAGAAUUUGCUGCAAGAGUGCAGCUAGAGUCCAUUGAAGUGGCACCAUUGACGUCUCCUGUGGUUACUCGAAGAGCAUUGGUCAGGGGAGCCUUCACCUCCCUUGUAGUCAGGCGGGGGGGGGGGGGACACACACACACACACCUCUUACAAGUGUACCCCCCUCGAGACUUAUCUUUCACACAUCAUAUUUGAAUUGCUUGACAGUUACGCAUAGAUAGAUAACUUUAUUGUACGCCGAGGGAGGAGAGCCGGGUUUUACCCCGACCCCCCUGCGGGCCGCACCCACGUUGGAACAGGCAGGGAGUACCUGCCCGCACCAUCGUGGGCCCCUUGGAUUGCCCGAAGCUGACGGUGACGAUCCGUACUUUUCAUGGCGGAAUAAAACCCUUGUCUUGGGAUGAUUUGCGCCUUGAGUUCCUAGGGUGUGUGGGGGCAGUCCCACACCAUGUGCUCAAAUGUACACGCACACCCACAGUCCGGGCAGUCAGGAGGUAUAUCUACAUAAAAAGAUACGUUAGCUGGGCAGCGGUAAGCCCCUGUCUGUAGUAGUCUGAGCGUGAUUUCUUGUCCUCUGGUAAGAUGCGAAUGGGGUGGAGGAAAGACCCUACGACUCAAACGAUAAUGUGAAGUGACUUCGGUAAAUGUAGCUAGAACGUCCCGCGACCCUCGAUCAGCCUCACUUACAUCCAGAGGAUCGGCCCCGGGCGGGGCGGAGCGGUCCAACGUGUCAGGGCCGUGAAGCCCAGCGCGGAAGGCAAGUCCUCGCGCCCGGGCGUGGGCCAGUUCGUUGCAAUUGGUGAUGCCGCCGAUCGUGGAGCCCAUAUGGGCCGGGAACCAAAUGAUCUCAUGUGGAGUGAUGGUCCUACCUCUGAGAAUAUAUCUAUUCUGAUUCCCGUUCGGCGGUUAGAGCCUUUGCCUCUGGCAGGGUCUCCCCACAUAUUGCUAGGAUUCUCAGAGGUAGGACCAUCACAAUUAAGCAUGGCACACUCUCAUUAAAAUCAACUCUGAAAACUGAAGCCCUUCCGAUGAGUAGAAACGGAGUACAAUAGUGAAAGCUGUUUUUGGUUUCAAAAGGCACUGUAGAGGUCGUGCUUUCUGAAAUGCUACGGGUGACUUCUGACGUGUCGCAGAAGUUUAUGUGCUGACCUUUGAAGCGCAUAGUACAUUAAGAAUCCCCGUCAUCUACCAUUAUUUCUUAAUGUAGACGAUUUGGUGCAAGCCAUUGAUGAAGUAGGAAUGCGAUUGCUUGAAUAUAAUUGUGGUACAAAAAAAGUCACUGGUGAACAUAAACACGCUUUACAAGAAAGAUUCGAGGGGUGAAUUGCGGGAGGCUAACAGUUAUACACGAUUGGAGCUGAAGUUAAAGAAUUAAAAGCUGCAACUUUACAUGUUAUAACAAAAAGUCACAGAGCGCCCAGUGGCUCGCGCCACCAUGAGCCUCGGGGCGCUCUUCUUUUUCCCUGGCCGACUGGCCAUGAGUGAUAUGGCGCUACAAAAAAAGAAAAAAAAAAACUAGCGUGGAUCGCCAACGAUACUACCUUUCUCAUUCUAGAAGCUCAUUUUAGAACUUAAUAAUUUCGAAUUUGAUGGGACACAUUAUGUUCAAGUUAGCGGUACAGCUAUGGGCACAAGAAUCGGACCAAACUAUGCAAAUAUAUUUAUGGGGCUCCUUGAAAACCAAUUUUCUUGCAAACCAUGACUAUAAGCCAUUUUACUAUAAGAGGUUCAUCGACGACAUUUUCCUAAUCUGGCACCAUAGUGAAUCGCAACUUCUUUCUUUCAUAGCAGAUUUUAACAACGCUCAUCCGACGAUUUCUUUUUCGUACUCAAAUUCACCUGUGAACAUAAACUUCCUUGAUGUCAUGGUCACUCUACGUAAUGGGAAGCUGAUAACUAAUCUUUACAGGAAAUUCACGGAUAGGCAGCAAUAUCUUCAAUUUAGUAGUAGUCACGUGGAGUACAAUAAAACUAGUAUUCCCUACAGCCAAGCAGUCCGAUUUAAAAGAAUAUGCUCUGAUAGCAGCGAAUUUUCCCGCAACUGCGAACAACUUCGGAGCACUCUCGAAAAACAGCUAUCCGUCCAGCAUAAUCACAGACGCCAUCAAACGCGCAGAAGAGUUCGAUCGUUCAGAUCUGCUGAGUACUAACAAAAGAUCCAAAGAUAGUUCGCGGACUAACCUAAUUUUGACACAUGCGGCCUCAGCUCCAAAUGUCAACCAUAUUUUAAAGAAACAUUUCAACAUUUUAAUACAGAGCGAGCGGCUCAAAGGAAUCUUUACGGAACAACCACGCGUGGUCUACCGACGAUCGCGGAACCUUCGUGAUUUACUAUAACCACAUCUAAAACCACGUGUUUGCGUCAUGAAGGCUGUCAUCCCUGCAACAAACCACGUUGCAAAGUAUGCGCGCACAUGACGACAUCUAAAAGUUUCAAGUGACUCAUCCAGCUUUUCAUUAAAAAUAAAUGGUGACUACACGUGACAGUACCAACGUCGUCUAUCUUCUCGAGUGUUCAACAUGUAAAGUCAAUACAUAGGUCAAACAGAGACAAGUUUCAGAAUUCGUUUUAAUAAUCAUUGUGCACACGCCGUAAGCCUCCCCAAUCUAGCACUGUCGAAGCACGUCAGUACGCCUGGCCACGGUUUCGACAAAAUUAGGGCCACCAUUAUUCAGUCCGGUUUCAAGACAAAUCACGACAGGGAAGUGAGGGAAUCCUUUUAAAUCCACAAAUUUAACACUAUUCGUUCAGACAUCAAUGAAAACGUAGGAAAGCUCACCUGUCUCGCACUAUAACAAAACGGCUUCUUAAUUAGUAAAAUGUUUUAAUGUGUAUAUAUGUAUAUUAGUCAUUCGUGGUUUCUUUACUUCAGAGCUCUUUUUACAUGUCCUGCCGACCACACUGUGUCCCACGUGUUGAUGCGCAAGGAAAAUUUGAAACUUGUAUGUUUAUGUACCCAUCGCAUGUCAGUCAUGUUAACACAAUCUUUUCGACAGAUUACCAGUUGUUUAUUAUUAUUAUUUCUUUCGAUUGUCAUUGAUGCUGUACCGAUAGUUCAACACGUGAGCCCAUAAAAGCGGCUGCAUUGUAACAGACCUACUUACUCUGACGAAGGCCAUGCCACGGCCGAAACGUUAGUAAAGGCAUUUUUCCUUUCAAAAUGUGCUAUCUGCAAGUUUAUUCAAUAUUGGCCUCGAGGCCCA